AUGAUCGACAGUCCGCUUACGCUAGCUGAGAUCUUAGAAGCCUUGGAAGACACUGCAUCAGAAUACACCGCAGGUGAUAUCUAUAUAAGCCCUCCCGACAAUGAUGACCCUCACAAUGUCACAGAUGAAGAAUCUGGAGAGGAAGAUUCUAAUGACCCAGACCGAGUGUGCCGUUGUCAGCUCCAAGCCGAGGCAGACAUUCGAUUAGAAGGAAUUGAAAACGAUGAAGAUACACCAGGCGAUUUAGGUGAUCAACGUGGUGAUCUUAGUGACAUACGCGUUGAAGACAGAGUGUUGCAGCUGGACUACCUUUGUAACCGCCGUCAGGAUGUGGUGUACAACAUCUUAGAUUGGCCGACUAAGCGCUCAUCUGCACUCGUGGUGCUCACGAUCUCCAAUACAAUGGACCUGCCUGAGCGCACACUCAAGGGACGAGUGACUAGCCGAAUGGGCCUCACCCGGCUGGUGUUCCAGCCCUACUCCCAUCAUCAGUUGAGAGAGAUAGUGCAGGACAGACUGUGUGACUCCACCACGUUCCAUCCAGAUGCUGUCCAGCUGGUAGCCAGAAAGGUGGCGGCAGUGUCAGGUGAUGCAAGGCGAGCACUGGAUAUCUGUCGGCGGACGACAGAACUGGUGGGAGCGGAGGGGGUGAAGGUGACGGUGGCCCACGUAGAGCGAGCCUUGACACAGAUAUUCUCGGGCCCACGAGUGGUGACUAUCCAGAGUCUGAGUGGGCUGGGACGUCUGGUUCUGCGAUCUCUUAGAGAUGUCAACCAACGGACCGGAGUAGAUGAGGCUAGCAUCGCUCAGCUCUACCACCACCUGCAGCAAGUUUGCGUGCUGGAAGCCGCUAUCCUGCCCCCGGUAGGUACAGUGCUACAAGCCUGUGUGACGCUGGUGGGCCUGGGCCUGGUGAUGGCAGAAAAGGGACGGAUGGAUCUUUGUCGCAAAGUCACCCUCAACGUUAGCUCCGACGAUAUUCAUUAUGCCCUCGAUAACUUGGAGUCGUAGCACUAUCAGUUAAGAUGUAUGGAUUGUGAAACAUAUUUUGUAAUGGACCAUUGAUUAUUGUUGAUUUAAUUUUAAGUAUUUAUAAUAAAGUUUUAUUGCAUUUUA